GCUUAAAUGUCAUGCAGCAGCCACAGCCUGACCUUUGAGUGACUGAAGCGAUGGCGGCUGUCGGGGCCUUACUGCUUUUACUUUUUCCCAUUUGGCUUGCAAAAGGUUCUUUAGAAAGUAAUGGCGCAAAUGGGCACAAUAACGGACCACGACUGACUGUGCUUCUGGAAGACAGUGAUGUUGAAGGAUCAGGUUCCUGCUUUACGUGUAGCAGCCCCCCCUUCCAAACACCUCCUCCAGGACUGCUAUCACCACCAGUAAGACUGGUGACAACAUCACUAGCACCACCCCAGAGCCCAUCAACAGUAUGGCUACCAGUAUCGAUUCCACGUCCAGCAACAGCAUGGCCGCCAUCCACACAGCCAAAAGAUUGCCCACCUAUACUGCCACUAGGGCCGUGGAGGGCAAACUGGUGGCGUUGCUAUCAUCCACCCCAGCGUCCAACAACAGUAAGGCCGCCGCCGUCGCCCCAGCCCUCGGUGACCGUGAGGCCACCGCCGUCGCCCCAGCCGUCGCCCCAGCCCUCGGUGACCGUGAGGCCGCCGCCGUCGCCCCAGCCCUCGGUGACCGUGAGGCCGCCGCCGUCGCCCCAGCCCUCGGUGACCGUGAGGCCGCCGCCGUCGCCCCAGCCCUCGGUGACCGUGAGGCCGCCGCCGUCGCCCCAGCCCUCGGUGACCGUGAGGCCGCCGCCGUCGCCCCAGCCCUCGGUGACCGUGAGGCCGUCACCCCAGCCCUCAGGGAUGCAGCAGUCUUCACAGCCAACAGACUGCCCACCUAUAUUGCCACUGGGGCCAUGGAGGGCAAACUGGUGGCAUUGCUAUCAUCCACCCCAGCGCCCAACAACAGUAAGGCCACAAUCACCUCCCACCCAGAGCCCAGUGACCGUGAGGCCAUCACCGCCCACCCAGAGCCCAGUGACCGUGAGGCCAUCACCUUCCCAGCGCACAGAGCUGCAGCAGUCAUCCACACAGGCAACAAAUUGCCCACCUAUAUUGCCACUAGGGCCAUGGAGGGCAAACUGGUGGCAUUGCUAUCAUCCACCCCAGCGCCCAACAACAGUAAGGCCACAAUCACCUCCCACCCAGAGCCCAGUGACCGUGAGGCCAUCACCGCCCACCCAGAGCCCAGUGACUGUGAGGCCAUCACCUUCCCAGCGCACAGAGCUGCAGCAGUCAUCCACACAGCCAACAGACUGCCCACCUAUACUGCCUCUAGGGCCAUGGAGGGCAAAGUGGUGGCGUUGCUAUCAUCCACCAGGACACCUGACUCAAAAUGGUGCUCACUAAGCCUUUGAAGACACAGUGGGCGUAGUGCAACCAGAGUAGGAAAAGGUAAACUGUUUUUUUUGGUAAUCUGAAAAGGAUCCCACACUGCAUCUAGAUCUCACAUUGCAUGUCAGCUUGGAAUGUAGAGAGUUUGGGAAAAAAAAUCUUUUUAGUAUCAGGUUGGAAUAAAACAGAUGUUUGUAACUAAUGUCUUUGAAAUAAACUGCUAACAAAUAUGCAA